GGUGAGCGACAGGCGGACAGUGCAGCCUCUGCGGAAGACUGCAGUACUAGGCUCACUACUUCACCAUGGCGCCAUCCUGAUGCCUUGUUUAGAGCUGGCGGUAGACUCGAAGUGCCUGAUGCUCAUGCGCUGGAACCUGUGGCUGUCCAGGGGCAUUCUGCGAGGAGGAAGGCAGUGCCGACAUCUCCGAGGCAUGGCAACGCAGGGCGACGAUGCCAGUGCUGGAACCAGCGAGAAAAAAACCUCGGAUGGGACCGUGACGGCAGGGAUCAUCAUUAUUGGGGACGAGAUCCUGAAGGGUUACACCCAGGACAUAAAUUCGUUCUACAUGUGCAAGAAACUCCGCUCAUUGGGUGUGCAGGUGGCCAAAAUCUCUGUGAUCCCUGAUGAAGUAGAUGCCAUUGCCAAGGAGAUUUCAACCUUUGCCAGCACAUACACCUACGUCCUGACUUCAGGUGGGAUUGGUCCAACACAUGAUGAUGUCACCUUCGAGGCGGUGGCCCAGGCCUUUGGGGAGAAGGUCUUCCCUCAUCCAGAUAUGGUUGAACUGGUGAAGCAGUUCUUUGGCAAAUUGGAUGCUGAGUGUCCUGAGAUGAAACUGGCCCGUGUCCCUGAGUCCUCACUCCUUAACUAUGGCGUGGACAAGACAACAGGCAGGGCCUUCCCCUACCCCCUGGUUAGUGUCCGAAACGUUUAUAUCUUUCCGGGCAUCCCGGCUCUAAUGAAACGAGCCCUUGAGGGUCUUGGGCAUCUCUUCCUCAACGAGAAGACUCGAUUCUGUUCUCAGGAGAUCUAUGUGAAUGCAGAGGAAACCCUCAUUGCUCCUGUUCUCACCCAGGCCAACGCUAGCUUUGGGCGUCGCACAAGCCUGGGCUCCUAUCCAGAUUGGGGCAGCAACUAUUUCCGGGUGAAGCUUACCCUGGACUCUGACUCAAAAGUGGACUUGGAGGAAGCCUACUCUUACCUGAUGGAGAAGUUGCCUGACGGUGUCGUGGUGCCUGUAGUAGCUGAUCCUGUCUCCCGGGCAGCCUCGGAUGUCCUCGAUUUCAGCUACCAAAAAAAGGCUGAGACCAGCGGCAGUAGCAGCGAGGAACUGGAAGAAGUACGAAGCGAUAAAAGACCUCCCUCUAAGAAAUAG